GAAAGGAGGUGGGAAAGAGGGCGGUCUGCUCGGUGAAGACCACUCAUUGAAGCGCUUAGAGCGGCGAAGAGAGGGCAUCGAGGUGGAGUAAGCGAGAAGAGCCCUCUCUUACCCCGGGGUAAAAGCUCUGGAAUGACACAGACCGAAGAAAAUUAUGAAGACCUUUCUCACAUGACUGAGGAAAGGUUGGCCGUUGGCUCACUAAUGUUUUCAAAGACAUUCUCAGUGACUUGCAAGCAAACUCCAUUUUCUAAUAAGGAGAGGAAGGAGAUUGAGCAUCGUAUCAGUUGAGCCCGGUGGACCUAUAGACUCUAAUGGCAACUGGUUGCCCUGAGGAACAGUGUACUGCAGUGGUCUGUACUGUGUGAACCUCCUGAGGUGUGUUUAUUACAGAUAAUGAACGGAAUUGUGGGCAGACCUUGAAACAUUCUGUCGUGGAAUAUCACGUCAUGUACCAGCCUGCAUGCUGAUAAAGAGACAGACCUCCGGAAACUAAGGAUCAGAGGAAGAAUCAAGCAGUGAGCACCAAAUCGAAAGACGAUCCAGUUGGUCAAUGAACAUAGCUGAAGAAAUUUGUGGCAUUUGAUUUAAUUCUGUUGAAGUAAGGAUUUACUUUGUCACUGACAUCUCAACUAUUGGAGGACAUUCAAUUCUGAUUCUUUUUUCAUUAGCUGAAAAAUACUUUCCUAGUUUUUUUUUGUGCAGAAGUGCCUUGCACCUGUUGGGAUUAAAUCAUGUGUCAUGUGAUUGUUACCUGCCGCUCAAUGCUAUGGACCCUGCUAAGUAUUGUGGUGGCCUUUGCUGAACUGAUUGCCUUCAUGAGUGCAGACUGGCUGGUGGGCAGGCCAAGGGCGAAUGGCAGCCCUGCUCCGGCAAACCGCUCCAGCACUUCCAACGAUCCUUACCGCCCCACUCUGGGCAUAUACAGCCGCUGCAUCAAGGUGACCCACCAGGUCAACUCAAAGCGAGGGAGUCUGUGCGGUCCGUACGCCGAAAGCUUUAAUGAAAUUGCCAGUGGAUUCUGGCGAGCCACUGCUAUUUUCCUGGCGACGGGGAUUCUCAUUCUAUGCACUGUGGCUUUUGUGUCUGUCUUUACCAUGUGCGUACAGAGUUUCCUGAAGAAAAGUAUUUUUAACAUUUGUGGAUUACUACAAGGAAUUGCAGGCCUCUUCCUAAUUCUUGGCUUGAUCCUGUAUCCUGCUGGAUGGGGUUCUCAGAAGGUCGUGGGCUAUUGUGGACCAGAUGUUUCACCUUAUCAAUUAGGUGCCUGUUCGCUGGGCUGGGCCUUUUACACAGCAGUUGGUGGCACAGUUCUCACAUUCCUUUGUGCAGUGUUAUCUGCACAAGCAGAGAUUGCAACAUCAAGUGAUAAAGUACAGGAAGAAAUUGAAGAAGGGAAGAAUCUCAUCUGUUUGCUGUGAGAAAAUGCCUUCUAUUUGAGCUUUUGGGGUAGCUUUUCUCUUUGUUUUUAAAAUGGGGGACCAGAAAUGUUGGUGACUUACUAUCUUCACAUUGAAUUUAUAAUUCAUGUGUAUGAGUGUGCAUAUGUGGCAACGAUUUGGACCUUACUUCUAUUCCAAGACUGAUAUAAUACGGGAAGUGUCCCAUACCAAACCAGAGCUUUCAUGGUGAAAAUGAUUAUCUUGCUCUUUCAUGUCAGACUCUGGAAUUUAAUUUUUAAAAGCCUGUCUGCAUCACAGUAUUGGAUGUGUAAAGAGUUAAAAGUCAAAGCCAACUGACAUUAGAGGUGCUCAAAAUUCUUUCAUGUGCAUUCAAACACUGAUGGAUAAUUAAGAAAAUAUUUUAAAUUGUCAAAGGAUACAAAUUUUCAGUCUAAAAUUUCAUUUACUGUUGAAUGCAGCCUGCAUCAUUAAAUAUUACAACCAUGAGCCUUUCUGAAAUAACAUGUGCAACAUUGAUCUUAUCUCCAAUUUUACUGACAAACAUCAUGGCAAAAAAAAAGCAUAUUUUAAUUAAAUGGGUGGCUUGCACCUUAGUAAGAAAGUCACCCAAACUAUUUAGGUACAAUGCGCGAAAUUGUUCCACAUUACCCGUCUUGGGAAGUACAGUGGACUGACUGAAAAGGUUCUAUGGCGUAAUUAUGUGCCCAGGAGCAUGAGUAAGACUAACGUUCAAAAUAAGGAGGCAAUUCACAUAUGACCUAGCUACAAACCUCUUCAGUGGGACAUUUUUUAAAAAAUAUUAGGACAAUGGAGACAACAGUAUACAAAUAAUAUCAGCUAGAUAAAACUUGUUUUAAUGCACCCCACCUGUAAGUAAUACUUUUGAAAUGGUCAUAAUAGAUUUAACUUUGUAGCUCAACAGCAGUCCAAGGUCAGCAUGAAGCUAACAUUAAAUGAACUGUGAAUCUGCCCUAUCUGAAGAAAACCUCACUGUUUAGUAAGCAACUUGAAGUUCAGUAGUUGGUGUUUAUCAUCAGUACCAAUCACUCAGUGCUAAAAGUUUUUAUUGCUUCAAUUUUGAUGCUCUUUAGUAUUUCCUCAUUUACGGCUUAGUACCAGUGUGAAUGACUGAGAACCAUUACACUUUUAAAUAUUGCCUGUAUUUGGUCACUUCAAAUGAUAUCUACAUGAGCAACUUGCAAUGCAAAUGACCACUGGGUAUAUUAAUUGCAAUUUCCAUCAAAGUUACUCCUUGGAUUGACUUGUCAUGAUCCGCUAACAUAUAAUACUGUGAGGUGUAAGAAUUUCAGUUGAUUUUAAAAAUUCACCCCUAUAAUCAUUUCAUGUAAGUAUGGACAUUCAAGAACUGAUAUUCUUCAAGAUUACCAACAUAAAUUGAUUUUGUGAAUGUGUGGCAAUGGGGAGAUUGGGAAGCCAAAGUGAAAGUAGUGUAUUCUUAAUGACUAACCGGCUUUGUUAUCUGUGAUAAUAAAAUACUGGCGGCAACAUGCAUCAAAAACUAGGUGGUGUAACCACAGAAUUAAACUAUUUUGGAAGAAAAUAAGGAAGGAAGUCUUUACUAAGACUCAUUGCCUGAUUGUGAGUAAGAAAAAUGAAUGGGCUGCAGAAACUGGCUCGCCAAAUAUUAUCUGUGUCAAUAAACCUGUGUUUAUUUGUUCUGUGAUUCUAUAUUGAUCACAUUUAAAUAAAAAGAAUUCUGGCUGGUAUUCAUUACGUAGCUCAAAAUGUUUAAUGUUACGUGCCAUAGUCUUUUAAGAUUUUAGCCAUUAUUUAAAAUUUACACCAUGUGUGAAAUAUGUGCAAUAAUUAAUAAAGAAAUUGUUUAUAGAGCAUUUGUACAUGGUAAAAAGAGAACAGAUUUUGAUUCAGGCUGAUGCGAAGGAACUUACUCAUUUUUGUUGUGGGAGCCUAUAUAUAUAUAUAUAUAUAUCCCUUUAUCCAGCAAUAUUUCAUCAUUCCUUAACAGUAUUAUUAAACUAGUGAUCUCAGGUGUUCACUUUGUCAUGUCAAAGUGGAAUAUCCAGAUUUCCAAAUUCCAGUCAACAUCUCCGCUUGAGCUUUGUGCUUUGGUUUUCCAAAAGCAGUUGCUGGAUUGAGCAGAGCUGCCAAACAACAGUUGCUGCUGAGGGUGCAGAUUCAGGACCUUCCUUUGGUGAGUUAGAUUAAUCCAGCAUGGAACCAGGUCCUUUGGCUCAACUCAUCUAUGCCAAAUCCCAUGUCUUCCUGAAGUGGUCCUAAUUGACUGUAUUUGGCCUAUAAUUACUCUACCUUUCCUAACCAUGAACCUGUCCAAAUGUCUUUUAAGCAUUGUAAUUGUACUUGCCUCUUACCACUUCCUCUGGCAGUUUGUUUCAUAUACCCACCAUCCUAGGGUAAGGAGCGUCUACUACGGUGUGGUGUAGAAUUUGUAGGAACCAAAAAGGAGCAAAAAUACUUUAAGAACCUUUCAGGUGCCGGUGCCUUUUUUUUUUACUGCCAUCAUGCUCUUUGAUAAAUCAGUGGUUUUCCUCAACUAUUUUGUUCUAUUAUACCAAAUUUAAUAUGUAUAUAAGAAUGAUUGAGAAAAGGGUGUGACAUUCAACCACUAAUCAUGAACAAUCAAUAUUGUUUUAAAAUGACAUUUCUUCUAUAUUAACCUUUGUUAGAUGCCGAGGUACGAAUUGGGAAAUUGGUGUAAUAAAUUUUAAUGAAUAAUGGUUUUAUUCAGCUCCCUUUCAAGGUUACUUUGCACACUACUUACACUGUAAUGAUAAGAGUUCUGCCAUUCAUGAUGAAAUACUGUGAUAGUUUAUCGUUAAAUGGUCAGCUGGAUAUAAUGUUACUUAGUACGGUCUCAGUCAGAGUUUCUUACCACUCUUCAGUAGUUUGCUGAUGAGACUUACUAAACGCAAACUCCAAAGUAAAAAUUAAUCUCAGCUCUCCAAUACAAAUAUUAAAGUAACCACAUACGAAGAUUUCAUUUCUGAAAACCUAGUUUAGUGGUUGAGCCAAAGUAACCCGAAAACUGUCCAAGCUGGCCAUUUACCAUAUUGCUUACUCAAUGAGAAAAUUCAGCAGUGCUGUAUGUAUUUCUUUUUAUGUUUCUAAAAUGCUGAAAUUUGAAUGCAAAUCUGGAUUAUUAAAGCUCUGCAUUUCAUAAUUGCAAUGGGAUUUUCAGUUGUUCAACUGUUUUCUUUUUCACAACAGCAGCUCGAAACUAACCAGAGUGGUAACAACUAUAAAAGGAAAUAAUGUUGGGAACACAGUUAAUACUGUAAAAGAUGUAUUCUUCUUCACAACUCUUGUAUAUACACUUAAUAAGAAGCUAUUAAGGUGAUUAAGGAAGUGAAGAGCAGGGAAGAGAUGUGACACUCUCAGGUGAAAACUGGUAAAUACGAUAUUGUUUUGAGAGGUUUAAAAGGCCUGGAAGAUCUUAGAAGAAUUGAAGAUGGACUUUGAAUAAAGAAUGGCAAUGCUGCUGCCUUCAGGAAUUCUUGGUCUUUU